GGAAGCCGUUGGUGUGGGUUCCAUCCCAGGCACCGAUGGACACGCUCAUGGCGAACUACGCGUCCGACUCCGACUCUGACGGCGGCGAGCCGGCGGCCGCCCCCGCCGGGGCCCCGGAGGUUCCAGAAGCCUCGGCCUUGCUCCCUCCACCUCCCCUCGACCUCCUCCAGCCCCCCAACUUCGUAGAUUACUCGGCGAUGGCGCAGGGGAGUCGUGUCCGGAGCUUCCCACAUGUGGAAGGCAACUACGCUGUACAUGUCUAUAUCCCUGUUGUCAUACCUUCAGAUGCAAAGAAACAGCUAGCCCUUGCUAUGAAAAGAGCUGCAUCUCUUGUUCCGGAUCUUUAUGCUGUUGAUGCAGACUAUGCACUUUCUGAAUUGUGCAAGGAUGAACAGAAGCUUGAGAAAGUGCUUUUGAGCAGGGAGUUUCAUGUAAGCUUAGGAAGACCUGUUGCAGUUCAGGUGCAUCAAAUUGACUCCUUCGUUGCAAUGCUUUGCCAAAAGUUCCAGUCGCAACAACGGUACUGGAUGGAGUUCAAUAAGUGGGAGCACUUUGUCAAUGGAUGUACGCGGUCAUUUCUUUCAUUAGAAGUUACAAGAACUGGUUUGCCAGAGAUAAGUAAGCAGAUACUUAUGGUAGAUGAAGUAUAUCGAUUACAUGGUCUUCCUGAGUUUUACAAGAAUCCACGGCCACAUAUUUCUUUGGUGUGGGCAUUGGGUGAUAUCAGCAGCAAACUGAAGCAGACAAUAAAGGACAUUGAAAAAUAUCAGAGCAGUCAGAGCAGUAUGAGCUCAUUGCAAAAGUGUAAUGUUCGAUGCAAGUUCAGUCGUGUAGUCUGUAAAGUAGGUAAGAAGGUGUACGAUAUCUGUAAUGUUGCAGACUGAAACACACAUGAAUUACAAUUUAUAAAGCUCUGAG